AUGCAAAUCCCGUCUGUCAAGAUCGAUCUUUCAGGACUGAGGGCAAUCUUGGAUGCAGCCAGGAUCAAGAACGGCGUUCCAGGAAUGAGUGUCGCUGUGAUGUACAAGGGCGAGGUUAUCUUUGCCGAGGGGUUCGGAAAGCGUAACGAGCACCAACCCUUCACCAAAGAGACAAUCUCGCCGAUCGGGUCGUUGACAAAGGCAAUGACAUCCACGGCGAUCGGUGAACUAGUCGCGGAAGGAAAGAUGGACUGGAACGAAACGCCCGUCAACAAGUACCUCCCCGAGUUUGAGCUCAAGGAUCCUGUCAUCACCUCCCAGUUGACCAUAGCCGACUUGCUCUCCCACCGCACUAGAUUGUCACCAGCAGCGGAGGUGUCAUGGAUGAGAAGUCGUACUCCAAGACGAGAACUUAUAACCCGCCUCCGAUACGCAUCCAUUCCCCAAAAACUCACUCCAUACCUCAACUACAAUAACACCAUGUACGCCGUCGCCGGAGAAGCCGCCGCCAACGUUGCCGGCACCACCUACGAACAACUCGUCCACGAUAGAAUCCUCACACCCCUGGGACUUUCCAACACGGGCUUUUCGCAGAAAGCGUUGCAGAAACUAGAUAACCACGCCUCGCCGUACUAUGCAGAUUCGUUCUCGAAAGCUCAAGCGGGGGAGUUUCGAAGAGGGGAGUAUGACGAGAUUUAUAUGGCGUUUGCACCGGCGGGUGAUUUGCAUUCGAAUGUGUUCGAUAUGUUAAAGUGGGGGAAAGUUGUUGUGGAUGGUGGGAAGGCAGAGGGCUCGUAUAAGGGGCACAACUUUUACACUCACUCGGGAGGAUACCCAGGAUACAGUGCAAACCUGACACUCUUCCCAGACGACGACCUGAUCAUCGCUCAACUCGCAAACAUCCAAGCCUCAAGCCUCGCCGUCUGCGCCGAUUUCUUCAUCGCCGACAAAAUCCUCAACCUCCCUAUCUAUCCCACCGGCACCCAACAGGACUGGUUGUUCGAUAAGGCUGUCAAGCUAACUGCAAAGGAGUAUGAGAUCUUGGAGGGAGACCGGGAGGGAAUCACAUUGCCGGCUCGGGUUGAGGGAACGGUGUCGACGCUUCCGCGUGAGGAAAUGGUGGGUCAAUUUGAGAACCCGCUCUAUGGAGUCAUUACCAUCGCCCGUGUGAUCCCUCACGAGGACGAAGGCAAGGGAAAAGAGGAGGAGGAGGAGGAGGAGGAGGAGGAGGAGGAGGAGGAGAGGCUGGAGUUCAGGUAUAAUGAGUACAGGAACAAAAUGGCGCACUACCAUUACGAUACGUUCAAGACGGUGUUGGAGGAUUUGGGUGUUGCUGGGGCGAGGCUGGUUAGCUUUGAGGCCGCGAGCGAUGGACAUAUUGCAGGGUUGAGUAUCAAUUUCGAGGAGCCUGAUUUGGUUCGGUUUGUCAGAGUCAAGACUCCUAUCACCGCCACUAUUGCCGAGAAAAAGGAGUAG